UGCACACAUCUCCCACUAUGAACCCUCUGAAAGCAACCCUGCUGUUUUUGUUACUUGAUUCCAUCUCCUGUGUUCAGUUUCUGGCACCUAUAAACAUGGGAGGAGUCACGGGGCAAGUGCAAUUUGACUCCACCUCCCAGAUGGCCACUGUCAACAUAUCUGGCGCUGGAUCCUGUGGUGCACUUAACUUUUCCCUCAGUGAAUUUCCUGUCAUGUAUGGCCACUUUGCUCAGCCCUGUUCUGAAGGAAACAUUGGCUCUAGUGUUUUUAUCUUUGCGGCUGAUUCCAUCUCAAACUCCACCAUCAAUGUGUCACAUCUGUUUGAACAAAGAUCAAACCUAGAUGACUUCUCUCUGACUUUGCAGACCUGUAAUGGCACCAAAGUAUGCACAGUUGUAAGUCGACAUCAAAAGCUCUUGACACGUCAGGCCAGGUUCACUGGACCCAUUGGGGGUAAUGUGUAUGUCCGUCUGAGCACAAACCACACCAACACAAGGCUUCUUGCAGACCUUAUUACAAUCAGUCAGGUCAAUGCCACCCAAACAAAUAUCACACUCUUUGGCUCUGUGAGCACUGCUGCAAGCUGUGAUAUUCUUCUUGGGAGCUUAAAUUCCUCAGCUUUGACCAAUUUGGGUGUCAUAAAGGUUGGAACCCCUUUACAACCUGAGAAGUCUCGCUUGGACCUGACCAGCUUCAACAUCAACACUGCCUUUCUUCUCAUCCCCAUAGGGUCAAGUUUCAAGUGUGCUCAGAUCUAUAAUGUGUCAGGAAAGCAGGUGAGCGCAAUUGUGAAUAUGAAAGGGAUCAAAGGAUACUUCAGCUUCCAUCAGGCUUCCCCGUUUGAUGUGACAGAGUUGAGGGUGAACCUGAGUAACUUACAGAGCAGAGUUGGUCCUUACCAUAUCCACAAUUUCCCUGUCCCCUCAGUCAGAUUGCCUGUCUCAGGUCUGUGCUCAAAUGAUAAUGUGGGUGGUCACUGGAAUCCAUUUGGUGUCAACACGAAUGACCCAACAUACCCUAAAGGGCCUGGAUCAACACAUGACAGGUAUGAGACUGGUGACCUCAGCGCCAAGCAUAUGUCCCUUGCAGGUAAAAACGAUUUGGACAUGGUGUUCAUGGACUUCAACCUCCCUUUGUUUGGACAAAACAGCAUUGUAGGUCGGUCAGUUGUGAUUCAUCAAACAGAUGGUGCAAGGUAUGUUUGUACCAGCAUCAGCUAUCCUGGUGAAGUAAUCGUUGCCAGAGCCACAUUCCGGAACACUGUGGUUGGUGAGAUCUGGUUUACCCAACUGAAGGACAACCCUCUGUCUGAUGUAUCCAUCUUCAUGGAUUUGUCAUAUGGAAAUCCCACAAUGACUAAAACCCAAAACCAUAACUGGCACAUACACUCCUACCCCAUCAGCUCAGAGAGGGAUGAUGAUGAAAGACGAUGCAUCACAACAGGAGGUCACUGGAACCCCUUCAACAUUAACACAGCAGACAGCAGCUAUGACCUCUACUGUGCCCCCUCCAGGCCAUUUUCCUGCGAGGUGGGAGACCUCUCCAGCAAACACAGCACCAUCAACCUUGACGUCAGAAUCGGUGAAGUGGAGGCAAAAAACUUCAUCACAGAUGUGACUUCCUGGUUGCCGGUGUCAGGCAUUAUUGGUCGCUCUGUGGUUAUCCAUGAAGAAAAAAGAGGAGCAUCAAGGAUUGCUUGUGCCAAUGUUACAAUGGUGCGUGUCCCAAAAGCGAGCUUAGGUAAUUGGUUUGGCCCCGGGAUGAGCAGCGGGCAGGUUUGGUUCUCACAGUCCAUCCCACAAGGCCCCACACAUAUAAACAUGUCCCUGAUGAACCUGAACACCUUAGCUGGGGGUUACCAUGUUCACAUACUGCCCAUCAAACCUGGCAGCAUAGAGCCCUGCUCGAAUGCAAACAUUAUGGGCCACUUCAACCCGCUGGCCUGGAACGUAUCAAUGUCCCCUGCACCUGGAGCUGGCACCUCUGAUCAGUAUGAGAUAGGAGAUAUCAGUGGGAAGUUUGGGAUGCUGAAUGGCCUCAACCAGUCCCAGGGAGUACACAUAGAUGCAAACCUACCAUUAACAGGGCCUUAUAGCAUUGAGGGAAGGUCGCUGGUUGUGCACUACAACAAUGGAUCAAGAAUGCAAUGUGCAGACAUCUCUGCUGACAGAGAUACAGAUGGACAAUGGACAAUUGCCAAGGCUGUUUUUAAUGGUGCCUUGACUGGAACAGUCAGGCUGCGCCAGCAGAUGUAUCCUGAUGGGAGUAGCAGCGAUACCACACUGGAAGUGAACCUCCAAUCUGCAAUAAGACAAAAUCUUACUGAGGCAUCUUUGUUCAUCACAAACAACGGCGUAGGCAGCAACAACAGCCAGUGCAAUGGUUUGGGAGGGAUGUAUAAUCCUUUCAACAUGACAUCCAUGAGCUCCAACUGUUCACUAGAAAAACCUCUGAGCUGUGUGGUGGGUGAGGUGUCCACAAGACAGGGCCCAGUCAGCCUGACUGUGAGACAGUUGUAUACUGAAAGCAUUAUUCAGCUCUCCGGAGACAACACAGUGGUGCACAGAUCUAUAGUGCUGAAUAGUGGAGAUGGCAUCAUUGCAUGUGCUGAUAUCCUACCAGAAUCUCCUUCAGCAAAUCAGACCUUUCCCACUGUGACCACCUUCAGCAGGUAUGACUUCCGUCAGAGGGUUGCUGAUGUCCUCCAGGUGGAAACAGCAAGAAUCACCAUACUGCCCCGCUCUCCCCUGUCUACAGCUGCAGGAACGUGCCAGCAAGUCAACUUCAUGGUAUCUGGGGAUGUCAGCAAAGAACUUCUGAACUCUGUCAAAUCCAGUGAGAAGAUGGGCAAGUUCAGAGAGUCUGACUCAUGUACCACGAGUGCAGGUGUGCAGCCAGAGCGGGGAAGUUUUCUUUUUGGCUUGAUGUUUGCUGUUGUGUGCCUGCUGCCUUCUACAUCCUAUGUGUAGCUCAGAGAUUCAGCCACACCUUCAUCAUAAAUUGGGAUACAUGGGUUCUGACAUUGUAAAACUGUGAAUUUGUUUAUGAAAUGUAGCCCACCAGGUGGUAAUAUGAUCAUUUAAUAACAACUGUGCCUCUUUGUACAACUUUUGUCAGCCAGUAAAGACCUUGCUUUUUUACUAUUUCAUUUUUUGUAAAUACCA